AUGCCAAGUUUUGCUGGCAGUGCCCUUCGUGGGAGCUUCUUCCUGAUGCUUGGGCUGUGGUGGUCCAUUAAGUACCCACUGAAGUACCUUCUUCGGAAGCUGAACACGAACAAUCAGCCCAGCCAAUUCAUCCAGUGCAUGGAUAUCACAGAAGGGACAGCCAAGGCGUUCUUCGCCCUAGGAGGGAUCCUGGCUGAGCAAUUUGUUCCUCAUGGACCCCACCUCUCUCUCUAUGAUGAAGAGACCAAAAGCUGGGUGCAGCUGAUGAAUUGGCAGCAUAUGACCAUGUACCUGUUCUAUGGCUUCUCUGGAGUGGUGGAUGUUCUCAUGUAUACGCCGCUCAAGUUGCCAGUGGGACUGGAUCGCCUCCUGGUGGCUCUGGCAUUGUUUGCAGAAGGCUUCCUCUUCCAUUUCCAUGACUACCAGGAUGCCACACUGACAGAGCACCUCUACUCCCUCAUGAGCAUAGCUAUAUUUGGAGCGGCCCUUUGUGCCAUGCUGGAAGUGUUCCUCCGAGAUCACACCAUCCUGGAGCUCUUCAGAGCCAGCCUGUUCAUCCUCCAAGGAUCCUGGUUCUGGCAGGUUGGGUUUGUCCUGUACCCACCAUGGGGAGGUCCAGGCUGGAAUCAGGCGGAUCCUGGGAACAAGAACUUCCUCACCAUGUGCUUCUUUUGGCACUACGCAGUCGGUCUUCUCUCUAUGGCAGUCAGUGGUUUUUUUAGUCACCGGUGCAGCAAUGAAUGUGGAACAAACUACGAAAAUAUUGAUGUGGAACUGGACUUAUCGUGCUGCUUGUGGAAGAACAGAACACCUGAUCCGGUUCUCCUCCCAGAGACUGGCUUGGAAGAGAAGUGAAAAACGGAACAACUUUUCCUUGAGGACAUUUUUACUAAUCUCCACAUUUUGGCAGACAUUUUCCAUCACUCUUGAUAUUAAAAAUGCACACUGGU